CUCCGAACUGUUCGCUCACAAGUUCACAAACCCUAAUUUAGAGGCUAAAAGAGCCAAUCCCCGCCAUACGAAACCUACCAUUCACGGCGACGUCGUGCCGAUCGUCUUCCUCUUAUCCUGUCCUCGAAGACGGACGUCUCAUUUAGCUGAGGGUCUCUGCUCUCUAUUAUCUCAGUGAGCUCUUUUCUUUAUCGGGUAUCAAUUUCCGUCUUGUUCCUUCAAGGGGGAAGGCAGCAGCUGUGUGGUGUUGUGCUAGUUGUAUUUCUUCAGAGCAGUGGUGGUAGGUGUUGUUGAGGAGAAUAUUAAAAAUGAGUUCAGGCAGUGGGAGCAGGAGCAGGAGCCGGAGUCCAUUGGAUCGUAAGAUCCGUUCUGAUCGCUUUUCCUAUCGCGAUGCACCUUACAGAAGAGAUCAUCGUCGGGGUUUCAGCCGCGACAAUCUUUGUAAGAAUUGCAAACGUCCAGGUCAUUUUGCUAGGGAAUGCCCUAAUGUGGCAAUCUGUCACAAUUGCGGCCUGCCUGGGCACAUUGCUUCAGAAUGCAGUACAAAGUCACUAUGCUGGAACUGUCGAGAACCUGGCCACAUGGCCAGUGAUUGUCCAAAUGAGGGCAUCUGUCACACCUGUGGUAAGGCAGGGCAUCGUGCUAGAGAGUGCACGGCUCCUGCGCUACCACCUGGGGAUUUGAGGUUGUGCAACAACUGUUAUAAGCAGGGCCACAUUGCAGUUGACUGUACAAAUGAGAAGGCGUGCAACAAUUGUAGGAAGACAGGUCACCUGGCACGGGAUUGUCCAAACGAGCCCAUCUGCAACUUGUGCAAUGUAGCUGGACAUAUGGCUAGACAGUGCCCAAAAUCCAAUGUUCUCGGAGAGCGCAGUGGUGGUGUUCGCAGCGGUGGUUACCGCGAUGUUGUAUGCAGGAACUGCCAGCAGCUGGGUCAUAUGAGCAGGGAUUGCAUGGGCCCCAUGAUGAUCUGUCACAACUGUGGUGGACGGGGGCAUCUGGCAUAUGAGUGCCCUUCUGGCAGGUUUAUGGAUCGUUAUCCGAGGAGAUUCUGAUGGAUGUUGAUCAUGUUCUGGGAUUUUCUAUAUUUUUAUGCUUUUACCUCAAGGACAAGUUGCCUAGUUUUGGAGAAAUUGAAGGUUGAAAUUUAAUAGAUUCAAAGAAGUGGAUUUGAAACUUCCUUUGGUAGGGAUAUAUGCUUUAUAUUGAUGUUGAGGAUUUAUUUUUCUUAUUAGUAGGAUCUCGUGCUUGAUGACGUUGGAAUGGAUUUAACUGAUAAUAAAAACUGAAUGCCAAUUGUGUGACCA